GUAUGGCGCACCAUCAAACCAACCGUACACUGCUUAUCCUGCUUACCUUUCAGCUUUACAUCCUCCACGCCAUACCACAAACGUUCGGGCCACUGGUGCGCGAUCGUGCGAUCCGUCGGCAAACGUCCGAGGAAGAUUUGAACGCCAAUAUCGAGAGCAUCUAUCGGAAAGACUUUAAGACGACCACUAGCCCAGCGAAGGGUCAGCAUGUCGAUGAGGUGGAACCGUCCCCAACGGAGCUUGUGGCGCGUUCGCACGGAGGUAAUAGCGCGCGCCCUAGACGUCCCAUCGACAACAACGAGCAGAACGCGAUGGUUUACGUGAUACGUGAUGCGGAGGGCAAACUGGUACCAAAGUUCGCCAAUCCACAGCAAGUAUCAACGACACCGUUGCCCCCACCAAAGCCCGCACUAGUCUCAUCAACCGAUGAAGAGCCCCAGUUUGUACUCAAGCUCGCAACACCCGCGAGCAACGAAACGGUAACGGAGUACGAUGAUCCCGCCUUCACGAUCGACUCCUACCCGGAAAACUAUCCGUUCGCGCAGAUCGAACGCAUCCUGCACGACUAUCGGGACAAGUAUGAAGAGAUGUUUGAGAAUCGGUUCAAACGCGAACCACUGUCAACGCGCAUUAACAGCGAAGCGGACAAGUAUCUGUGCAGCUCGGUCGCUCACGUCGAGUAUCCAACGUACGAUCCGAAGCAGAAUCUGUUCAUCGUUAAUGUGAAGGGAUUCUAUCAACCGGUAGUGUUCGAGACAUGCAGUCGACCGAACAUGACGUGCAACAAGAGUGUCAAUACGGCGUUCAACUACGAGCUGGUGUGUGAGCAGACCUUCCGAGAGUACAAACUGUUCGUCCACUCGCCGCAGGAUAAAAACAAGCUCAUGUUUGUGGACGUCGAGUAUCCUGCCUGCUGCAAAUGUGCGCAAGUCCUAUCCAAAUCGAAGCAGUAA